CCCGGUGUGUUUCGCAGGGUCAGCGUCCUGGUGGGAGCUCCCAAAGCCAACACCACACAGCCAGAUAUCGUGGAAGGAGGAGCGGUGUAUUACUGCGCCUGGCCCGCCGCCCGGUGCAGGCAGAUCCCCUUCGACAACACCAACAACAGGAAAAUCAAAGUCAAUGGCACCAGGGAACCUAUUGAAUUUAAGACAAAUCAGUGGUUUGGGGCAACAGUCAAAGCUCAUAAAGAAAAAGUUGUGGCUUGUGCUCCUUUGUAUCAUUGGAGAACCCUUAAAGACAGCCCUGAGAAGGACCCUGUUGGCACCUGCUAUGUAGCAAUUCAGAACUUCAGUGCCUAUGCUGAAUAUUCACCUUGUCGUAACAGCAAUGCAGAUCCUGAAGGACAAGGCUUUUGUCAAGCCGGUUUCAGCUUAGAUUUUUACAAGAAUGGAGACCUGAUAGUAGGUGGGCCCGGUAGUUUUUAUUGGCAAGGUCAGGUAAUCACUGCAAGUAUUGCGGACAUCAUUGCAAAUUAUUCCUUCAAGGAUAUUCUGAGGAAACUGGCACGAGAGAAGCAAACAGGAGUGGCACCACCUUCAUAUGAUGACAAUUACAUGGGAUACUCAGUGGCUGCUGGGGAAUUUACUGGGGAUUCUGAACAAGAGCUGGUUGCUGGAGUCCCAAGGGGAGCACAGAACUUUGGAUAUGUCUCAAUUAUUAAUUCUUCUGACUUGACCUUUAUCCAGAACUUCACUGGUGAGCAGAUGGCGUCCUAUUUUGGGUACACAGUUGCAGUAUCUGAUGUUAACAAUGAUGGUUUAGAUGAUAUCCUAGUUGGUGCCCCUCUUUUUAUGGAACGGGAAUUUGAGAGCAAGCCUAAAGAAGUUGGGCAAGUUUAUCUGUACCUACAAGAAAGUGCAUUCCUCUUCCAAGAUGCACAAAUUCUGACAGGCACUGAAGUGUUUGGCAGAUUUGGCAGUGCAAUCACACACCUUGGAGAUCUCAAUCAAGAUGGUUAUAAUGACAUUGCUAUUGGUGCACCAUUUGCAGGAGAAGACAGAAGAGGGAAAGUGCUCAUUUACAAUGGAUACAGUAAUGGGUUAAACCCAAACCCUUCCCAGGUUCUCAGUGGAGCCUGGGCCUCACAGUCCAUGCCUUCGGGAUUUGGCUUCACUCUAAGAGGAGACUCAGAUGUAGACAAGAAUGAUUACCCAGAUUUAAUUGUUGGUGCAUUUGGAGCUGGAAAAGCAGUUGUUUACAGAGCCAGACCUGUUGUGACAGUGAAUGCUCAUCUUAUUCUGAACCCCAUGAUUGUGAAUCCAGACAAUAAAACCUGCCAGCUCCCCAGCUCUCAGCUUUUGGUGGCCUGCUUUAUGGUAAGAGUCUGUGCAGAUUUUGAAGGUCAAAGUAUUUCAGAUGAGAUAGUCCUGAAAGGUGAAUUGCAAUUAGAUUCAUUGAAACAGAAAGGAGCUGUUAAGAGGACCCUCUUCUUUGAUUACCAUCAGUCACAUCACUACUUCUCCAUUGUGAUAGAAAGACAGAAACAACUCCAUUGCCAGGACUUCCUUGUUUACCUCAGAGAUGAAACAGAAUUUAGAGAUAAAUUAUCUCCCAUCAAUAUAAACUUCAAUUAUAGUUUGGAUGAGUCCCGUUUUGAAGAUAGUAUGACUGUGAAGCCAAUACUGAACUAUUACCAGAAAAACUCACUAGCUGAGCAGGCUCACAUUCUGGUUGACUGUGGGGAGGACAAUUUAUGCAUUCCUGACUUGCAACUUUCUGCAGUGCCGGAUACAGAUCAGCUAAUAAUUGGAGAAGAAAACUGUGUCAUGCUCAUAAUAAAUCCAAGGAAUGAUGGGGAAGGAGCCUAUGAAGCUGAGCUACAUAUAAAGAUUCCACCUGAAGCAGAUUACACUGGGGUUGAACGCAACAACAAGGCACUGCGUGUAUUGAGCUGUGAUUACAAGAUGGAAAAUGAAACUAGAAUGGUGGUUUGUGAUCUUGGGAACCCCAUGGUGGCUGGAGCAAACUUCUCCACUGGCAUUCGAUUUUCUGUUCAGCAUUUCGAAAAUGCAGAUUUCAGCAUCAACUUUGAGCUGCAAAUAAAAAGUUCUAACAAAAUAAAUCCCACCAGCAACUUCGUGAACCUCCAUAUCAACAUCAGUGCUGUGGCUCAAGUACAGAUCAGAGGAGUGUCUCACCCCCCAACCAUAAUUUUUCCACUUCACAACUGGGAACCCAAAGAUGAACCUACGAAAGAAGAAGAAGUUGGUCCUUUAGUAGAACACAUCUAUGAGCUGCACAAUAUAGGACCAAGUGCCAUCAACAAUACAGUUCUCCACGUUGGUUGGCCUGUGUCCAGUAGAGAAGAAUUUCUUCUUUAUAUUCUUCACAUUCAGACACAUGGACCAUUGAACUGUCAAACAAGCUCUCCUAUUAAUACAAUGCAAAUAAAAUUUACUGUUCCACAAGACACUCCUGAACUUGCUGCUUUUUUAUAUAAUUCCACAAUUUCUCAUUACAUCAGGAGAAGAGAUGUCACAGUGGCAGAACCUCACAGGAAAAACUCUGCAAAAAUACUGAACUGUACAAAUGUGAAGUGUGUCCUAAUUUCAUGUGCUGUGGGACAGUUGGAAAGAGGAAAGAGUGCUGCACUAAAAAUCAGGUCCCGGCUCUGGGCACAAACAUUCCUGGAGAGAAAGAAUGAUCUCUAUAGUCUUUCUUCCAAUGUUUCCUUUGAAGUUAAGAGCAUGCCAUAUAAAGUGCAACCAGCAAAGCUCCCCAAGGGAAGCAUAGCAAUCAGAACAUCUGUCAUUUGGUCCACCCCAAAUGUCUCUUUUGAGAUCCCUUUAUGGGUUAUAAUACUAGCCAUACUUCUUGGACUACUGGUACUAGCUCUGCUGACCCUAGCUUUAUGGAAGUGUGGCUUCUUUGACAGAGCUAGACCUCCUCAAGAUGACAUGGCUGACAGGCAACAGCUGACAAAUAACAAGACUACUGAUGCUUAAAGGAAGAGAGUGACAGUUCACGUCAGAAUCCUGCCUGAGAGACUAGAAACACAAUGAGGAUUAAAUGAAAGAUUCCUUCCAACCAGUCUUCGUUUGUACCUGCAAGUGACAUGGUGUCAAUCUGAUCUAUGCAACGUUCUGAGAAUAUGCCACAUGAUGGCCAUCCUUGCCAAAGAAAGCUGCUUAUCACUGCCUUAUAAACAUAUUUACCACUGAACAGAAUUUUUAUCCCAUAUUCCAGUCUACGUUUCAGCAGAUGCUUCUGAGCACAUGUGGUAUACUGAGAUGCUUCCAGGACAAGCCCAAAUCUCUCAAAGAGAGAAUGCCUUCAUUGCUGUAUUGUCUAGAAGAUGAAGCAGGACAAACCUUCUGAAUGCUACUGCAGAGUACCUUUGAAACCUCCCUAAGAACUUGUAUGAAAUUAUGGCUCAGGGAGACGGGCAAUAUAUCAGUACUGUGAAAGUACUUCUGAAAUACAAAGGUAGUCUAUACAUAACUUUAUGGACGGGGCACAAUUAUUUAUUUUUCCACCUUUUUGGAAUAAGUAUCUGAUAUAAUCAUCAACAUAUAUUUUGAGAGAAGAAAGGAAAAAAUAAUAGAAAUCACAUACUUUGCAUGUAAAUAGGAGAAUAAACACAUUGUACACCCAGAACACAA